CGAGAUAUUCAACUUUUUGUUGUGCCGUCCCCAUGGGAGAUUUUUUUCGUUGGGCAAGACGAACACACAACAACACGCACACGUGGCGGCCCGAAAACACGAAAGACGCACGCAAGCACCAUGGGGAAGCCUCAGGGACGGUCCAAGAAGAAGACGUUCGGCCCGCGCGGAGCCGAUGGCCGAGCGGUUUCGAAGAAACCGAAGCCGACGCAGCAACAUGAUCUUCCAUCUCCAGGCGCUGGCGGUGCGCUCUCGGGUGGCCAUGAUGGCGCGAUUUUGAUGGACGUGGACGAGGGCGAAAAAAAGGACAUUGAAGAAGUGGAAGCAGGAAAAGGAGAAGAAGCGGGCCAUGGAGCAGGAGGGAGAGGAAAAAGAGGCCGAGAACGAUGCGUAGUGAUGUGUGUCUUUUAG